AUGGAAGGUGAAAAAGGAGAGAGCAGUUCCGGUCCGAUUUCUUCACUCAACAGCUUAUUUUCUUUUACCAGUCCCGCUGUGAAAAAACUAUUGGGAUGGAAGCAAGGAGACGAAGAAGAAAAAUGGGCUGAAAAGGCUGUUGAUUCAUUGGUAAAAAAGCUUAAGAAGCGGAAGGGUGCCAUAGAAGACUUGGAAAGAGCUUUAUGUUACCCAGGACAACCUAGUAAAUGUGUAACAAUACCCAGGAGCUUGGAUGGAAGGCUGCAGGUGUCACAUAGAAAAGGCUUACCACAUGUAAUCUACUGCAGAGUGUGGCGAUGGCCAGACUUACAAUCACAUCAUGAAUUAAAACCCCUAGAACUUUGUCAAUUUCCAUUUUCAGCAAAGCAAAAAGAAGUCUGUAUAAAUCCUUAUCAUUACAAAAGGGUUGAAAGCCCAGUCUUGCCGCCUGUUUUGGUGCCUCGCCAUUCCGAAUUUGCUCCAGGACACAGUCUUUUGCCUUUUCAACAACUUGCAGAACCUGCAAUGCCUCACAAUGUGUCAUAUUCUGCUGGAGGAUUUGCUGGUGGUCCUCAGAGUCCCAUGUCAAGUGUCGGUUCUGCUCCUAGUCCUGGAUGCAUGACUUCAAAUCCUCAGAGUCCAUACACAAGUAAUGGUUUACCCGGAACUCCUCCUCCAGCAUACACCCCAACUGAAGAUUCAAAGCAUGAUCCCUCAACCCCUAAUGAUCCUUCUGCUAUGGAUACAUCCAUGCCUGAAGUUGCUCCAGUGUCAUACCAGGAACCUCUUUAUUGGGCCAGUAUUGCAUGUUAUGAAUUAAAUUGUAGAGUUGGAGAGUUUUUUCAUUGUCAGAGUCAUUCUGUAAUAGUUGACGGUUUCACAAAUCCAAGUAAUAAUUCCGACCGUUUUUGCCUGGGGCAAUUAAGCAAUGUUAAUAGAAAUUCAACAAUCGAAAAUACUAGAAGGCAUAUUGGAAAAGGAGUUCAUUUAUAUUAUGUCGGAGGAGAAGUCUAUGCGGAAUGUUUGUCAGAUUCUGCAAUAUUUGUUCAAUCUAGAAAUUGCAAUCAUCAUCAUGGAUUUCAUCCUAGUACUGUUUGUAAAAUACCAUCAAGUUGUUCACUUAAAAUAUUUAAUAAUCAAGAAUUUGCACAACUCCUAUCUCAGUCUGUUAAUCAUGGUUUCGAAGCUGUUUAUGAAUUAACUAAAAUGUGUACAAUUCGAAUGUCUUUCGUAAAAGGAUGGGGUGCUGAGUAUCACAGGCAAGACGUCACUAGCACUCCUUGUUGGAUCGAAAUUCAUUUACACGGACCGUUGCAAUGGCUAGAUAAAGUAUUAACACAAAUGGGAUCUCCUCACAAUGCAAUAUCUUCAGUUUCCUAA